AUGGCUUGGAGUCAGUUGGAACUAGAAGCACCGCAUGUAGCAUACGCAUGUGUGGGUAUUUUUAGUACCUUGUUUUCUUUGGUGUCCCUUUUUGUUAAGGAAAGAUUAUAUAUAGGUGAAGCAACAGUGGCUUCCAUUGCAGGAUUGAUUUUAGGUCCUCAUUGUCUAAAUUGGUUUGAUCCCGUUAGUUGGGGUAAUUCGGAUUUCAUCACUUUGGAAAUUUGUCGAAUAGUCUUGUGUAUUCAAAUCGUAGCUGUUGCUGUGGAAUUGCCUAAAAAAUACAUGAUGAAACAUUGGCUAUCGGUAUCUAUAUUUUUAUUACCAGUUAUGACUUGUGGGUGGUUGAUUGUUGGGUUAUUCAUUUGGUGCUUGAUUCCUCAUUUUUCCUUUAAAGAUGGUUUAUUGGUCAGUGCCUGUGUUACAGCAACCGAUCCUGUUUUAGCAGCAGCCGUUGUUGGUAAAGGUAAAUUUGCAGAAAGAGUUCCAGGCCAUUUACGUAACUUAUUGUCUGCCGAAUCAGGUUGUAACGAUGGUAUGGCUUUCCCAUUUAUCUUCCUCUCGUUAAAUUUAAUUAUUCACGCCGGUAAUGCAAGAGAAAUCGUAAAGGAUUGGUUUUUGUUAACUAUUCUUUGGGAAUGUAUAUUUGGGUGUGUUUUGGGUGUCGUGAUUGGAUUUGUUUUACGUAAACUAGUUGCAUUUGCCGAAGAACACAAUUUGAUUGAUCGUGAAUCAUUUUUGGCAAUUUUUGUUUUCAUUGCUUUCAUUUCUGCUGGUGUUGGUUCCAUGUUAGGUGUUGACGAUUUAUUAGUCUCCUUCGCCGCUGGUACUGCCUUUGGUUGGAAUGGGGCCUUUGCCAAAAAGACUGAAGAAUCGCAUGUUUCUACUGUUAUUGAUUUAUUGUUGAAUUUGUCAUUUUUUGUUUACUUUGGUGCCAUUAUUCCUUGGCCACAGUUCAACAAUGGUGCCAUUGGUUUGGAUGUCUGGAGAUUGAUUGUUCUUGCAUUUGUGGUUAUCUUUUUAAGAAGAGUUCCGGCUGUUGUAGCAUUAAAGCCCAUAACGCCCGAUGUUAAAACAUGGAGAGAAGCUUUAUUCUGUGGUCAUUUUGGUCCUAUUGGUGUUGGUGCCAUUUUUGCUGCUAUUUUGGCGAGAAAAGACUUGGAAGCUCAUUAUACCACUGAAGAAACUCCGUUGCAUCAUUUACCUGGAGAGGAUUUCCCACAUUAUCAGUUAUUGGCAGCAAUCUGGCCAAUCGUUUGUUUCAUUGUCAUCACAUCUAUUGUUGUUCAUGGGUCAUCUGUUGCUGUGUUAACAUUAGGUAAACGUUUGAACAGAAUGGCUAUCACCAUGUCUUUCACUACCACCAUGGGUCAAGAAAGUGGUGGUGGUUCUGGUGGUUGGAUGCAAAGAUUACAAAAACUUGACCGUACCAGUACUUCAUUUUCUUUACAAAGAGUUGACACUGUUGCUCCUGGUGAUGAAAAAGAAAAGGAUUCGGAAAAGAUGCAAAGAGAAGAAACCCUUCCUGAAGGUCCUGAAACUAGUGGCAUUAAAGUACGUCCAGCUGGUGGUGCUGCCAGAAGAAAGAAGAAGAAGAAGAGAUCAAGGCAACCUAGAUUACUUCAGAAGACUUUGUCAAGAGUUGCCACUAGAGAUGAAGAUGAAAAGAGAGUACGCCCAGAAGCGCAAGUGUUACAAUUGGGUGGUAGAGGUCCGACAGAAACAUUUGAUGAUGAUCAUAAAUCUUCAGCUGAAUCUAGUCCAGAAAUGGCAACCACCAAUGAGCUUAAAAAUUCGUCUUCAUCUUCUGAACAUGAUAGAGUCGCAAACGAACCAGCUCAACCAGAGUUUGUCAUCAGUCCUCCAUCGCCAUCCAUUCAUGAACCACAAGUAGAAGAACCAGAACAAAUUCCUAAAAAAACCUCAGGGUUGUCCAAAUUUGGACAAAGAAUGCCAACAAAGGCAGAAAAAGCACCUGUUCCAAAAGUUGCAUAUCAAGAUGGCGAUAAAGUUAUUAUUGAAGAUCAGUAUGGUGAAGUUAUGGAAAUCUUGCAAUUGUCUCACAAAGAUGACAUUAAAAAGCUACAAGGAUCUAGACCAAGUCUGCCACCAGCUGUUGAUACAAGUGCUCGUCAAAGUCAAGAUUCAGAUAGUAUUCAUUCUAUGGAGUCAUUGGAAAGACAUCUUACAGAAUAUUCGAAUGCAUCCUCAGGUACUGAAAAAGAAGGUGAAUCAAGUGAUGCAGAUCAUCUUGGAUUAUCACCAUUACAACAGAAAAUUUCUCGUACAUUAUCACGUCGUUCAUUCUACAAGAAAGAUGAUCCACAUAAGCGUAAGGUUUAUGCCCAUCGUGUUGAUAAUUUAAUUGUUAUUGAAAAUGAAGAUGGGGAAGUCAUUAGAAGAUACAAAGUUAACAAACAUGCUGCAGAUCCAGCACAACAAGCAGCCCAAUCUAAAUCAAGAGCAAGAUCUGGAUCGCUUAUGGGUAUGGUUAAAUCAAUUGUUGGUAUGAAAUCUGGUAACAGUAAUCCUUCUUCUCCAACUGCUACUUCUCCACAAACUAGUGCAACAGCAAAUUUUGACUUGGAAAAAGGAAAUAUGAAUAGAGUGUUAUUACCACACAAUGAAGAAGAAUUACAUGAACAUAUGGGCAGUAAAUUGGAACACAAAUUAGAGGAUAAAUUGACCAGUAUUUUAGAACAUGGCCAAGAUACAGGAAGUAAGAGUCAGCCAACAAGAAAAGCAUCUCCACCACCUCCAGCACAUAGAAAUAAUGCAUUUGAUGAUGAGGAAGAAGAAGAAGAAGAAGAAGAUAGUGAAUUAUCUGAAGAUUCAGAAGCCGAUGAAGAAGAAACUGAAGUUGAAAAGAGAAGAAGAUUACAAGCUUUAGGUAAGUUACCAACAGGUCGUCGUAAUAGAGACGAUGAAGAAGAAUUAUAG